GGGCAAGCGCCCGUAGCUAGUUCGAACCAGUGAUCUGAUAUUCGAUCUUGACUGCAAUGGUGAACUUUCGAUAUCUUCGCACCUUCAUCGAUGAAGACCUCGUCGAUGCACCCGCCAUGCGUCGUUCUCAGAGCGAACCGGCGCUGGGUAAUCGAAGCGAGGAGGACGCAUCCAAUGCGGAGUAUGCUGAGUAUGUGGCCCACCUGCAGCAGAGGACCAGCACCAAUUUCCCACCAGCGCAGGCAGUGCCACCAGUCCCUGCGCCGCCUGUACCUCCGCCGGCACCAGCCGUUGCGGCACCAGCCGUUGCGGCACCAGCCGUUGCGGCACCAGCCGUUGCGGCACCAGCCGUUGCGGCACCAGCCGUUGCGGCACCAGCCGUUGCGGCACCAGCCGUGCCUGAGCAGGAACCGGUGCAUCCAGUUCCAGUUGAUGUUGGGGCUGUGAUGCCGGAGAAGCGUGGAGGCAAUGGAAGCCUUGGACAUCCCCACCUAUGCCGCCGUCCGUGCAUCCGCUUCUCCAAAGGAGAAUGCAACAUGGGAGAUGCUUGUGAAUAUUGCCAUCUACAACAUGAGCGACGACCAACCUUCGACAAGCGCCAGCGGAUUCUCAUGCGAGACAUGGACACUUGA